AUGGCUCCGACCGAGAACGGAACUGGUGAUAUUGAGAAAUCUCGUAUCGGCAUACCCGGAACACUGAAUGGUGUGGAAGAUGAGGAACGUAAGGAUCAGCACGACCUCGAAGCACAACCACUUUCGAUCGAACUUGAAAGCGUAAAGUUACCAACAACCACCGUCCCGAACAAACCAUUGACGAAUGUAUGCUGGAAGGAUGCAUAUCAACAGGUGCUCGCUACAUGUUUGGUGAACUUGAUCGUUGUUCAGGCGGGUAUUAACAUGACUUACUCAGCCAUUCUCCUGCCACAGCUGUCCGAACCGGACAGUCCCAUCCUGAUUGGGCGUAAUGAAGCAUCCUGGAUAGCGUCGGUGGUGACAAUUGCUUUACCGCUAGGUUCGCUUGUCGUUGGUCAGCUGAUGGAUCAGUUUGGCCGCAAGAAGAUAUCGCUUGCAACCUGUAUUCCGUUUGCACUCGGUUGGCUCUUGAUAGCUGCAGCAUCGAACGUCGGCAUGAUAUACGUUGCUCGCAUCAUUUUGGGUACGUCCGGAGGUCUCACAACCGUGGCACUGGUGUACGUCAGUGAAAUUUCUCACGUAUCCUUGCGUCCGAUGCUCCUGUGCGCAAAUAGUGUGUUUGUUUCUUUCGGGAUCCUACUUACCUGCGUUUUAGCGGUGUUCUUCGAUUGGCGAGCGAUAGCUUAUAUAUUUGCUGGAUUCUCUGUUGUAACGUUCCUGUUGAUUCUGUUAAUUCCCGAGUCUCCACAUUGGCUAGUGACAUUUACCAAGAAGGAUCCUACGAAAGCGCGGAGCGUUCUUUAUUGGUUGUACCGUAAUAAGAAGUUAGCAGAGGAACAAUUUCAACAAAUCGCUGCAAACACUACUCCGAUCCGUCAACCUCACUCAGCGACCGGGAAACAAACUAGUGCGAUCAGCACACUGUCGUUAAAAGUGUUUUUUCAGCCUCGAGUUUACCAGCCAAUGACCAUCCUGCUGCUAGUGUUUCUUUUCCAACAGCUAUCCGGCGCAUACGUACUCAUCUUUUACGCACUGAAUGUAUUCCAACAGAUCAAUGAAGCUACGUUGGAAGGCGAACAGGGAGCUACCUUUAAUCAGUACACUGCUCUGGUAGUGUUGGGCUUGAUACGCUUCGUCAUGUCUAUCAUAACGUCAGGCUGCUCGAGAAAGUACGGCCGCCGUCCAUUGCUUUGUAUCUCGGGACUGUGCAUGGGUGUAUGCAUGACAAUUGGAGGGUUAUAUCUCGAUUUGCUGCACAACCGUUCGGGCAAUGCAGCUAUUGGCAGUUACGUCUUACUGGCAUGCGUUCUUGGAUAUGUAUGCUUCAGCGCUCUCGGUUAUCUUGUGCUGCCCUGGACGAUGAUUGGGGAACUGCUGCCCACAGAUGUCAAAGGAAAGCUUGGAGGGCUUACCGUUUCUGUGGCGUACGUGCUGAUGUUCGGUGUGGUCAAGAUCUUUCCUUAUCUGCUCGAGCAGGUUGCAAUACGUGGGAUUUUCUAUCUUUAUGCCGUCACGUGUUUUGCUGGAGUAGCCUAUAUUUAUUGUUACGUGCCGGAAACGUUUGGCAAGAGCUUUGCCGAGAUCGAGCAAUACUUUAAUGAUAAACACCACCGACGAAGAGAGACCGCACAAACAUGUGCAACUUAG